AUGUUUGAACUUUAUGAAAAAGAACAUUCACUACCACUGCCUAAUUUUAAUCAUGAAGACUUUCAAAUAAUUAAUGAAAUUAUUACUAUGAUUGGAAUAUUUUCAAAUAGAAAAUUAAAAACUAUUUUAAUACCGCAAUGUCACUUUGAACUUCUACAAUCGUAUUCAAAAAAAUUUAAAGGUGAAGAAGGUUUUAAAAAUCUGAAAGAUGAUAAUGAGAAAGUAAAGGAAUUUAAACUGUUAUUUGAGGAUUAUUUAGAUAAUAAAGAUAAAGAAAAGUUUAAAGAUUUAAACACUUAUUUAAUUAAAAACUACAUAAAUUCUUUAUAA